AUGAACCAAUGGAGCAGAAUGCCCCGCUGGGGACUCCUGCUGGUGCUCUGGGGCUCCUGCUCCUUUGGCCCACCUGCAGACGCCGGCGCCUUCAGACGGAUCUUCCUCAAGAAGAUACCCUCAGUCCGGGAGACCCUGAGGGAGCGAGGCGUGGACGUGAGCAGGCUCGGCGCUGAGUGGAGCCAGUUCACCAAAAGACGCUCCUGUGACAACAGCACCUCCCCGGUGGUCCUCACCAACUACCUGGACACACAGUACUACGGCGAGAUCGGCAUUGGCACCCCACCCCAGACCUUCAAAGUCAUCUUUGACACGGGCUCGGCCAACCUCUGGGUGCCCUCCAGCAAGUGCAGCCCUCUCUACACAGCCUGUGAGAUUCACAGCCUCUAUGACUCCUCGGAAUCCUCCAGCUACAUGGAGAAUGGAACGGAAUUCACCAUCCACUAUGGAUCUGGGAAAGUCAAAGGUUUCCUGAGCCAGGACAUGGUGACUGUGGCCGGAAUCACAGUGACACAGACAUUUGGAGAGGUCACGGAGCUGCCUUUGAUGCCCUUCAUGCUGGCCAAGUUUGAUGGGGUUCUGGGCAUGGGCUUCCCUGCACAGGCCGUCGGCGGGGUCACCCCCCUCUUCGACCACAUCCUCUCCCAGAGGGUGCUAAAGGAGGACGUCUUCUCCGUCUACUACAGCAGAAAUUCCAAGAAUUCCCACUUGUUGGGGGGAGAGAUUGUGCUGGGAGGCAGUGACCCCCAGUAUUACCAAGGGAAUUUCCACUACGUGAGCAUCAGCAAGACUGACUCCUGGCAGAUCAAAAUGAAAGGGGUGUCUGUGAGGUCGGCCACCUUGCUCUGUGAGGAGGGCUGCAUGGUAGUGGUGGAUACCGGCGCAUCCUAUGUCUCAGGUCCCACCAGCUCCCUGAGGCUGCUUAUGGAGACACUGGGGGCCAAGGAGCUGAGCUCGGAUGAAUAUGUCGUGAACUGUAACCAGGUGCCCACACUCCCCGACAUCUCCUUCCACCUCGGAGGCAGAGCCUACACACUUACCAGUGAGGACUACGUGUUACAGGAUCCCUACAGUAAUGAUGAUCUGUGCACACUGGCGCUCCACGGUCUGGAUGUCCCACCGCCCACUGGGCCUGUCUGGGUCCUGGGCGCCAGCUUCAUUCGCAAAUUCUACACAGAGUUUGAUCGGCACAACAAUCGCAUUGGCUUUGCCUUGGCCCGCUGAGGCCCUCUGCUGCCCAGGCGGGCUUUGCCCUCAGCCCUAGCCCAGAGCCAGAGCACCUCUGGGGCCCCCGCUGCCUAGCUUGUGCCCUUGCGCAGGAGCCUGGGGCGUGGAGCUCCUCCUGGACGCUUGCCCUGCUCCCGGCACCAGCUCUUCCCAGCUUUGAGGACAAACAGAAUAAAGA